CAGAGAGUUUGGGAGAAAUCACAUGUCUGAGGGAUUCAGUUGAGGUCGGCAGCUAGAAGGAUUUCUUUGAAUAGCUUUUUGUGUUAGUGAGUUAAAAAUGCAAAGCUGUGCCAAGUCUUGGGGGAUCCUAUUCGCCAAAUCGGUUAAUUCACAUGCACCUUGCAGACAUAUAUCUGGUAAAAGCCGAAUAUUUGGGAAACUACAGACUAGAAUCCAAAACCGCAAUGCUUUUGUAACUGUCUGGGGUCUUCAGACGUCUGCAGUCUAUGCUUCUUCCAGACAGAUAGACAGAAUACUGCCGAGACACGAUGAUUUUGCAGAGAGGCAUAUUGGUCCAGGCGAAAGGGAGAAAAGGGAGAUGCUGGAUGUUCUUGGACUUGAGGUAAGAUUGACAAACAUUUGGAUAAAAAGAGAACUGAUAGGACAGAAAGUAGGCUAAUGUGUCGAUAUAAUGCAUGGUAGGCGCUCUUGCAUGUGUCUUGUCAUAAACAGCUACAUUUUCAACAAUGUAUACAGUUUUAGUGCGUUUUUUGUGAUCUGUACAUUGCUUUUCAGUCGAUCGCCCAGUUGAUAGAAGAUACAGUUCCAGAAUCCAUCCGUAUUCAAAGAAGUAUGAAAAUGGAUGAUCCUCUCUGUAAGUUGUUUUCUCCCAUCUUUAACAGCACGUGUUAUUGUUGAUGUGUGUGUUCUCAAUAUAUACGUUACCUAUUGCCUCAUCGUGUUAUAAAAUUCUGCAUCUGGUAUGAUUUUGUUUUUCAAGUGUGUUUCAAUAUUGCUGUUGAUUUCCCCGUCAAAUGUAAUCUUGAUUUGUUUAUUUAUUAGCCUUUAUUAUGUUUUGUCAGCCUAUUUUACUGGUCUCUGAAUUUUCUUUUAACAUUGUAAAUCAAGCCAAGCAAGGGAGUGGCUGAAAUGUAGGUUGCACUCCUAUUGUGGUGCCAUUGUGAAGCGCUCUUCACCGUUAAGUCUUCCUUUGAACAUAUUUGGAGUUGUUUUUGCGGAACUCAACGAGCAGCACCAAUCUCCUGUUGGGAAGCGGAUGCUAAUAGGAUGGCAAUUGGAGUGUAAAGUUCAGCCUUGAGCUCCUGUCCCAAGUCCAGUUCAAUCUGGUUAUAGCGUUAAUGUUACAUCACAGACGAAUGACAUGUGCAAACGAGCUUCAUGAGAUUCCUAAUAUGGUUAAUAAGAUGGGUUUUGGUAUUCUUACUUGAAUACAAAUAUUUUUUACAUUUAAUAAUAGACAGACGGAUUUUCAGUCGAAUAAGAGAAUUAGGAGACCUUUGAAAUGUCUUACUAUCAAUAAUAGUUUAUUGUCUACAAAACACUUACGAGGCGUAUUUCCCUGGCAAGUCCCUGCAUAAUUCCAUCAGAGACAGACGUCUCAUACUGUUAUCACUUGAGAUUUACAAGGCUAUAAAACAUACUAUUCUGGACAAGUACAGUACAUUGUAUUACUAAUUUACCAUGUUCUGUGUAAUGGAUUACAUUUCUAUAAAAAAAAAAAUUCUAAAGCAACUGACAAUAUGGUCCAUAAUAUACAAUAAUUAAGCAAAAAAGUCAUUUGAAAACAGACAAAAGCAUUACACGCAAAGUAUUGCUGAUGACAGUUUUCAUCAAAGAUACAUGGAAGAUGAUUGUUAUUUUGCCAAUAUUCUCACCAGUCCACAUUGAUGAUGCACUCUUGCCAGUGACCCAUCUCUACAAUAACCAAUGUCAUACAAACUACUAACUUGUUUUGGGGUGUCAAUGUCAUGUACUGAAACUCUCAACUGUCAAAAUUCCUAAUAUUAUUGUUGCAUUAUUUUCUGUUUUGCAUCAGUUACAUUAGUCAUUGUUUUCACUAUCCUGUUAUUCCAGCAGUGCUCAACAUGGUGAGAGGAAUAAGUCAUUCAAUUGGUAAUGAAGGCUUGGCCUAGUGUACUCUGAAAUACCACUGUACUAUUUACUGAUCAGAUGCUAGAAAAUAACACAUUUAUCUGCUAUUUGGGGAGUUUCCAGCAUUAUUGUUAUGCAAAAUGAUUGACUGAAUAUUCACAAUGCUUGGACCUUAUUCUGGGUUGGGUAAUAAGAAGGUCAGUGGAUCGGGGGGGUUUCUAAGACCACACUCGGUCACUCCUUUCUGCCUCUGUCUUGUUCCAUUAUGUAGCAAGCCAUGCUGAAGGAACAUACUGGAGGCCAUACUGCUUUUUGCUUGUUCAGCUUGGGGUGGGGGUGGGGGGGGGGGGGGGGGGGGGGGGGGGGCUUGGUUUGCAAAGCCAGCAAGGGAUUCUCUUCACAACAAUAGAUGUGCUGGAUGGUUUUGAAUCAGGCUUUUCUGAUGCUUUGAGGAACUUUGGGAGCAUGGGAAAACUGUCCUCUCUAAUGAAACGUGCAAAUCCACAUUAGGCACCCUACACUAAACCACUGGCCUCUACUACUGAUGAUGACACCAUUCUCUUGUGCUGCUGAGUCAUAAAGCAGCACAUUUUUGAAUGCAGAAUGGAUUUACAGUUAAAUUCUUUGUGCCACCUAAACUCAAACUGCAAAUGUUCACCUUAUGAUCUUGUGGUGGUAUACCCCAUUAGAAAUCACAGGAGAAAUGCUCAUCCUGAAUAUGAGAGUAGUUUGGGCACUCGAUUCAGAGGGGUAGUAUUGUCCAUUCCUUGCUGAGGGCGUUGCUAAGCAGCGACGGAAUGCCUGAGGAAUUCCAGUGUCUAGGUGUGUAUUGGCUGAUCUCCCCUACAGCAGAAUGGUCUUCUCCUAAUGGAGAAUUAGGCUAGAUAACAAACCUUUGUGAAAGGGCCCAUAUGUUGCACAUCAUUGUCCCCUCCAAUGGACAGAAAUAUGACGCACAAAUGGAAGUGCAUUCUACACACACAGAAAUGUUGUAUACAGUUCACACAGAACACGAUACAGUGACGUGGAGUACACAUAAAGCUGUUUAGUUUAAUUUCCUUUCCACUCCAUUUUGACAGUGAAUCUGAUGUUACUGCCCAUUUGUUUGGGUGGUUUGUUCAGAAAAUGUAUGGGUAUAAUUGUUUAAUACAUUUUUGCCUCAAAUAUAUGUGAUGCCAAUUGUGAUCUCUAUUUCUGCAGGCGAGAAUGAAGUCUUGGAGCAUCUCCAAAAGAUUGCAUCAAAGAACAAGGUGUGGAGGUCUUACAUCGGAAUGGGCUACUACAACUGCUCAGUGCCUCCAGUUAUACAGAGAAACCUUCUGGAGAAUUCAGGAUGGUAACUGUCACUUUGGUACAAACGCACACAAACAAAAGAGAGUUGUGAUGUGUUCUGCAUCUAGCCAAGUUGUCUCCAUCAAUAGGGCAAGAUACUGUAUAUUUGAUUGUGUACUCAAGGUGCAUGGAUGUAUGGGCUUCUGCCAGUCAUUAAAGCACUAAAUGCUACAUUGCAGAAAAACGUGCCCCUAAUCAGAUAAAUCUUUUGACUUGAGGCUCAAGUAUCCAGUUUAGGUUUGCACCACAUUAAAUGACAUCCUCACGUGGGAUCUUGUGAUUUGUUUUUGUCCAACUUAAAAAAAGACACAGCACUCUGACUUUUUCUCUAUCUUCAUAAACUUCCACCCACUUCACCCUAGUAUCUCAAUUCCUUUUUCUGUGUAUUGUAAUAGAUUCUUACAUUAAAAAAAAUAUUUUAGUCAUUUAUCCAGAGCGAUUAGUCCAUUCAUCUUAAGAUAGCUAGGUGAGACAACCACAUAUCACAGUUGUAGCAAGUACAUGUAAUCUGUAAUGAUUUCUCUGUGUGUCCUGUUCUCCUCAGGGUGACACAGUACACCCCCUAUCAGCCUGAGGUGGCUCAGGGUCGCCUGGAGAGUCUGCUCAACUACCAGACCAUGAUCUGUGACAUCACGGGCAUGGCUGUGGCCAACGCCUCUCUGCUGGAUGAGGCGACAGCCGCCGCUGAGGCCAUGCAGCUCUGCCAUAGGUGAGGGGAGAAUAAAUAUAAGAGGGAAAUAGUGGCUGACCAUUAAAGGGUAGUUCAUUUAGUAUAGUUCAUGUAUAGGGUCUAGUUAUAGUGUAUAAAUAAGGCCCAGAGUUUCUCCUGGUAAGGUCACUUUUUCAGGAAAAACUCCUGGCCCUACACAUGUUAAAGGUGCACUAUGCAUAAAUUGCCCCACCAUUUCCUGGUUCCUAAAAUUGUAAUAGUUUGCAGAAUUUCAGUUUGUGACAAAACAAGCAAGUAUAGUGUAGAGAAUCAUUGUACCAUCUACACUGCUGUGAAAUAUGUUUUCCAUAACCAAAAAUAUUAUAUUUUCCAGCUGUUUGAAGCUGGUGUACAAAACUUAAAGUAAAAGAGGCUAAAACAAUACAUAAGAACGGGAAGCAUAGAAAUAGCGCACAUAGAACAGAUCUACCGCUUCUUAGACUUGCUUUCAAUGAGCAUGACAGAUCUAUAACUCACAUUUCUAUGUACAUUUGGUCAGGUUGCCCAAGAAGUGACAUAUUGCAUCUUUAAUUGUUUGUUGUUAUGUUCCCUACAGACAGAACAAGAGAAGGACGUUCUACAUCGACUCACGUUGCCACCCUCAGACGAUUGCUGUGGUGCAGACCAGAGCCAAGUACGGACAUCCUUUCAAAGCUUCACUCAGACCAAGGUUAGAACUGUGUACCAAAAGCAGCAUCCUCACUAUGGGUGCUCUGAUUGUUGAUCAACAGCUACAUCGGGGUGAAGACUGUGCUGAAGCUGCCUCAUGAGAUGGACUUCAGUGGGAAGGACGUGAGCGGGGUGCUGUUCCAGUACCCAGACACCGACGGCAGAGUGGAGGAUUUCACCGCGCUGGUGGACCGUGCUCACAAGGGAGGGGUAAGAGAGCUAUUGGUGGUAAUGGUUGGUUUAUUAACCUAGGAUGCUAUCUUAAAGUAAAUGGGGGUUGGGGUUUGGUAGUGUUAUUUGGAUUUGUUGCUCCUCAUUUGGUAGGAAAGGACCCCUCAUUGCUACAUUACAUACAAUCACAGUAUAGACUUUGAUGCAGGUCUUUGGUUGAUCAGUUGGUGUUGAACAGUGGGCACAUGAGAAAGUGGUGUAUGUGGUGAUUCCAGUUUGGUACCUCAGUGAUUUGUAUGAAGACUCCCCGUCUCUCAUCCCUGUAGGCUCUGGCUUGCUGUGCCACCGAUCUGCUGGCCCUGUGUGUGUUGCGCCCCCCUGGAGAGUUUGGGGUGGACAUCGCCUUGGGCAGCUCCCAGAGGUUCGGGGUACCGCUCUGCUACGGUGGUCCCCACGCUGCCUUCUUCUCUGUCAAAGAAAACCUGGUCAGGAUGAUGCCUGGCAGGAUGGUGGGAGUGACCAGGUGAGAGCCCUUGAUUCACAUUGGCCCUGUUCAGAAUGGAAGUCAGAUCUCUUGAGGUUGUUCAAUGUUGGGCUUUAUAAACAGCAUGUUGACAUUGACUUUAUAUCAUUCUUGCUUGCAGUGGAAAAUACUGAAUUAUACAGAAUGCACAUAUACAUAAAGACUAUCUUGAUGUACAUUAGUUUGAAAUGUCCCUUGUUGGUCUGCAGGGAUGCAGCUGGUAAGGAGGUGUACCGUCUGGCUCUGCAGACCAGAGAGCAGCACAUACGUAGAGACAAGGCCACCAGCAACAUCUGUACUGCACAGGUACGGUACUGUACUGUACCCCCAAUACCAUCACACUGAGCUACCCCCAAUACCAACACACUGUACUGUACCCCAAUACCAUCACACUGAGCUACCCCCAAUACCGACACACUGAGCUACACCCCCAAUACCGACACACUGAGCUACACCCCCAAUACCGACACACUGAGCUACACCCCCAAUACCGACACACUGAGCUACACCCCCAAUACCGACACACUGAGCUACACCCCCAAUACCGACACACUGAGCUACAUCCCCAAUACCGACACACUGAGCUACACCUCUAAUACCGACACACUGAGCUACACCCCCAAUACCGACACACUGAGCCACAUCCCCAAUACCAACACACUGAGCCUCCAUCUAAUAUUGACACACUUUGCCCCAGAACAGGAUUGUUGCCUAAGUGUAUUCAACUCUUAUGAAAGUUUGUGUAAAAAAACUAUGUAGUGGUUGUCUUCAUUUAUAAGUUUUUUAUUUAUUUAAAGGAACGUUUCUCACCUUCAAAUGUAUCUGUGUCUUUCAGGCUCUGCUGGCCAACAUGGCAGCCAUGUUUGGCGUGUAUCAUGGACCCCAGGGCUUAAAGCACAUUGCUGAGAGGACACACAAUGCCGCACUGAUACUGGCUGAAGGUAUGUCCUCCGACACCCUCACUGCACAGAUACAUUUUUACUUCUUACAUCACAACUUUUAUGAUCAAUCAAUCGUUAGCAAAUUCAACCAAAAGCGUGCAUUGAGAAAGACAAUGGUAACAUUGCUUAUUUUUAGAUGAAUUACAAAUGUAUUCUUUGAGUUUUUAGAAAUGCCUUUCUCGCCAUCCUUUUGUAUCAGGUCUGAAGCGGGCCGGACACAGGCUGCACAGUGAGAUGUUCUUCGACACGCUGAAGGUUGGCUGCAGUGUGGCAGCCAAGGACAUCCUGGAGAGGGCUGUCCAAAGGGAGAUCAAUCUGCGUGUCUACAGCGAGGGAGUGGUGAGUAGUACUAGAUGCAGUUUGGGAAGAAAUUACAUAUACGUCCGCCCAGUGUCCCCCCCCCCCCCCCCCCCCCCCCACAGUGGAUGUGUCAUAAAACCUAGCGGUCAAACGGGGAAAGGGUUCCAAUUGUUUUUGGAACAUUCAUUUUUCCCAUAGGGGAUUUUAGCAAAACACUUAAAAUAAUUUCAUGUGACGUUUUGAUAACCAUGUAAAUCUCUCUUGGUCAAGGUGGCUUAUCAAUAUAUUCAGCUCUAUUUGCUCUCAGAUUCGAAACUGAAAAUUACCAUCAAAGUAGACAUGCAAAACUACAAAUCCCUGCAAGCUCCUGCACGUCACUUCAAGCUGACACAUUUGCUAACAGGUAUUGUGUCAAUUUAAAACUUGCACAAGACAGUUCACAGAAUUGACCAUUUAAAGAAAUGUAGCCUAUUUAUUCAUUACUACAUUUAGCUAACAUUAGAUAGUUCAUCCAGAGAUUCUUACCUUUGCCUCAAUUCGGCAGUCUCGUCCAGAUCAUCAUGGUAUUUGUAGUUCUUUAUGAUAGCCACAUUAUAAGCUUAUUAGCAUUUCAUUUUGGGGGGAUAAAUACGGGCAAAUAUAUUGAUAAAAGUCACCUUGUCCUAGAGAGAUUGACAUGGUUAUCAAAACAUUACGCCAGGUUAAGCCUAAACGAAACACAGCCCUUAUUUGAAGUGUUUCUAAAAUCCCUAUGGGAAAAAUGAAUGGUGGAAAAAUGAUUGGAACCAUUUCUCUGUAUGACCGCUAGGUUUUAUGGGUAUUAUGACUCAUACUGUGGUACUUUAUAGAUAAAUCCAGGGGCUAGUUCCAGACGGUGCAAUGUUGCAGAAUGUUCAGCUAGAUGUUACAGAACAUUCAGAUAGAAAUGUAUUGUAGAAUAAUUAGAAUUCUACUUAUUAAAUAUCUAUUUGCAGCAUUGUAGAAGGAGUAGCCCUCUGACUAAGCCACGUGGCCAUGUUCCUUUAUGCUUUAGAUGCACAUCAAAGGUGGGCAAUUGGUUGAAAUGAUUUAUUUGUUUACCUAGUUAGGUGUGUCUCUGGAUGAGACCGUGAUGGAGAGAGACUUGGAUGAUCUGCUCUGGGUCUUUGGAUGUGAAUCCUCAGCGGUACGUUUGCUUUCAAUAGUUCAAUGGAAUAAGAUUAUGCAUAUAUUCAGCAUUGGCCCUAUUGCUUUCUUAAGAGUGCAAAAGUCCAUCUUGAAGCCGUAGGACAAAUACUUUGAUUUCAUCUAUCGCCUAUCAAAUGUAAUUAAAUCUCAAUUUACAGGAGCUGAUUGCUGAGAAGAUGGGUGAAAGGGUGAAAGGCAUUAUGGGUAGUCCUUUCAAGAGGACCAGCAAGUACCUCAUUCACACAGUCUUCAACAGGUUGGUCUGUUUGUAGCGGCCACAUAUUACAAUAUUGGUUGUGAUAAGGAUGAAGCUUGUUAUGCCAUAACUGUUAUGAUGACUUGUGUUCUCAGUGAUGAUAGGAUUAUCAGUAUAAUUACACCAGACUGAUGAGAGACAUUAGCUGACCUUCCAUGUUUUAUUAAUUGUCUCCCAAACUCCACUUGAUUCUUGGUAGAAUAAUUCCUUUCAGGGUUUUAGAGCUAAGGUUUUUAAAGUAAAAUAACACGUUAAGCCUAAAACGUAUCUUUAUAAUCUUGAUUCACUCUGAUUCUUCAUCCCGUGCAGUUACCACUCUGAGACAAACAUUGUGCGCUAUAUGAAACGCUUGGAGAACAAGGACAUCUCUCUGGUUCACAGCAUGAUCCCACUGGUGAGUCAUGGGAAGGCAAAGAAGAAAUGUUUUACUUUGGAGCUAUUUACAUGGUCUGAAUACUAAAAACCUACAAAUUGCUGAAAAGAUUACUCGGCCAUCACUAUUUGUAAUAUCCAUUUUGUUUUCCAUGUCAGGGUUCCUGCACAAUGAAGCUGAACAGUUCUUCAGAGCUCAUGGUGAGUUAAUAUCAGGGUUGGGAUCAAUUCGGAUAGAAGGCAGUGAAUUCAGGAAGUACUGAAAUUCCACUUCAAUAAUUAAAGGGCUUCAAUUUUCAAUGAUUUCCCAAUAAACUUAAAAGUAAAAGCUAUUUAUUCUAAAAGUUUCCAUUUUUGAAUUUGAAAUUCGAAUCAGUUCCUGAAUUGACUAUCUUCGAUUUGAAUUGACCCCAACCCUGAUUAAUGAAUCUCUUGGUCUCCUCCUUAUAUUGUGGUGGUGUUGUGAAAAACACUAGGAUAUCGCUGACUGUCAUUUCCCAUAUUUCUCCCUUUGUUUCUUCUUUCCCACUGUUUUUAGCCCAUCACCUGGAAGGAGUUUGCCAACCUUCACCCCUUCUGUCCCCUGGACCAGGCUGAGGGUUAUCAGCAGCUCUUCAGGCAGCUGGAGAAGGAUCUCUGUGAGGUGACUGGCUAUGACAAGAUCUCCUUCCAACCCAACAGGUAAGCCCCUCACUGACAGCAACAUUCAGUGUGGGGUAUUCAUGACCAACUGGGAUUUCAAUUUCCCAGACUCAUCAUCCGAGCGUGAUUUCCCAAUUGCCCUCUGUUACACAUACCCCAUUGUCAAUUGAUUACUUUUACUUGAUCAUAUAACUGUCAGAGUUUGUGGCUGAUAUCUCUAUGGUUCCAAGUCCCCCACUUAUCAGUAUAAAUGGGGCUGAUGAAUAGCACAUCGUGCUACAUUGGCCUGGAACGAUAGCGUCCUGGUUGUUCAACUCUUAUUCCAUGCUUUUCCUUUACAGUUACUAUGAAGCCCAUAUAGACUAACCUUUGAACUCGGCACGUUUGAUGAUUAUGCUGAGACUUCACUGGGAGCAUGUGUCUGUGAGCAUGUGUCUGGUACAUUAACAGACUGUAUAACCUUGUCUUUCAGUGGUGCUCAGGGAGAAUACGCUGGCCUCGCGGCCAUCAAAGCCUACCUGAACUCUAAAGGAGAGGCCCAUAGAACAGUAAGUAUGGUUCUGAUUAAACAAAACUCAUCUUUGCUAGCGCACAUGCAAUACCCUGCAGAGUCAAGAUAACCCACCCUUGGUAUAUAAAAUGAUUAUAUACAUUAUUAUAUAAAAUUAAUAUUAUCAAAGUACAUGUUGGGGGGUGUGUACUAUAAAUGACCUUAAUUCAUUUUCAGUCUGAAUGUUUGCUGCCGUCAGCCAUUUCACUGUGAAUAACCUGUAACCUGUCACAUGGCAUUCCACACUGGAUACUUAGACCUGCCUACAAUCAUUUAUCAUGUAACGCCAUAAAGGGACUCGUUUUUAAUCAAUUUUUAUCAAUCACUUGUUUGCCGACAGACAUUGUAUUGGAAAAGCCCUAUCUGAAGAAUAGAGGGUUGUGUUUGGAUACUUCUACAGGAACUUUGAAAGGCCCCAAGUGUCACAAUGUGCUGGGUUGCAGUGGCUUGAGGAUAUCCGGUGAUAGGAAUAUGAUAGAAAAGUGACUGAAGAUAAGACUGCUUGUUCAAGUAGAUUUCCAGUUUUAUAAUUUGGCUGUUUUUUUUUUAACAACUCCCUUAUAAGCACAUCUUUGAUAGUGGCGUGAGCUCUUGAAACAGUCAAGGUCCACAGUUGUGCAAAUAAGGGACAGAAAAUAACACUGUCUGGAGGUUACUUGAUUCCAAGAUCCCAUAUUUGGUGAUUUAAAGACUUUGGGAACAGCACGUCAUGGACAAAACAGAUUGACCUCAGUUUGUUUUUCCUGUCAGGGGGGAAAUGUAAACGUUACCAAACAAACACACAGGUCUUGGUGACCUUGUGUGACAAUAUUGCAAAAUGUCAAAAUAAGUCUCCUUAUAAGGGAUAAAAUCAAUUGAUGACCUAUUUUCUAAAAUCAUGUUUAAUGUCAAUUGGAGAUUUGCGCAAAGAAAUCUUAGGACUAUCUAAUGAUGGCUCUAAUGGUUGACUUUCUUAGGCCUAAUUCUCUCUCUUUUACUUUGUGAUGGUCUGAGUGUAACUGUUUGAUAUUUUCCUUUUGCUUAGGUUUGUCUGAUCCCCAAGUCAGCCCAUGGUACCAACCCGGCCAGUGCCCAGAUGGCUGGCAUGAAGGUGCAGGUGGUGGAGGUGGACAAGGAUGGCAACAUUGACAUGGCAAACCUCAAGGCACUGGUAAGAGCUGGUUGGAGUGAUUCUGCUAAGCUCACUGUUACAGAGGAGCCUUUCAAUCUAACCAAUUAUCUUGAGUAUCCCGUUAUGCUUUGUAAAUCUAUGCACAAAAAAUCAUUGAGGAACAUGAUGGCCCGACAGUCAGGUCACUCACUAUGUGGUAGUGUAAUUAGCGGUCAAUUAGCUCCCUUAAAAGUGGACUGUCGUGUCACACAGACUAACCCAUUAUUCCUCUCUCAGGUGGACAAACACAAGGCUAAUCUGGCAGCCAUGAUGAUCACGUACCCCUCCACCUUUGGUGUGUUUGAGGAGAGCAUCGGUGAUGUGUGCAAUCUCAUCCACCAGAACGGAGGACAGGUCUACCUGGACGGUGCUAAUAUGAACGCACAGGUGAGAGAAGAGUAUAAGCGUGUCACCUUGCUGAUUUAAGUAAAACAUUUUGUGGACAUGACACCGCAUAGGUAAUUUGAAAGUUAACUCUGUUGUAUACUAAAACUGUUGUAAGACCUUUUUUGGUUAAAAAAAACUAACAAAUUGGGUUGCUUAUCCAGGUGUUAAUUGAGUCAUGGACCCAUCAUCAUUGAAUAUUGAGUCAUAUUACAGAAGUGUAUUUGAAAGAACCUUAUGAAAGUAUAUUUUUUACAAGCGUCUCAGGGAUUGCACUAUUCUACAGCGUACAGAGUAGGGUUGAAUAUUUUCAGUAUUUUACAAAUGUUCCAUCCCGAGAAUAAAUCCCUUUUCUCCCGGGUAACCUAGUAUUUCCUGCCAAAACAGGAAGUGUCAUUCUAAAGCGUAUAAAUACACUACAUGGCCAAAAGUAUGUGGACACCCCUUCAAAUUGACUUUCAUUGUGGCACCGUCAUAGGAUGCCACCUUUCCAACAAGUCAGUUCAUAACAUUUCUGCCCUGCUAGAGCUGCCCCGGUCAACUGUAAGUGCUGUUAUUGUGAAGUGGAAACGUCUAGGAGCAACAACAGCUCAGCCGCGAAGUGGUAGGCCACACAAGCUCACAGAACGGGACCACCGAGUGCUGAAGCGUGUAAAAAUGUGUCUUACUACUGAGUUCCAAACUGCCUUUGGAAGCAACGUGAGCACAAUUAACUGUUAGUCGGGAGCUUAAUGAAAUGGGUUUCCAUGGCCGAGCAGCCGCACACAAGCCUAAGGUAACCAUGCGCAAUGCCAAGCGUCAGCUGGAGUUGUGUAAAGCUCGCCGCCAUUGGACUCUGGAGCAGUGGAAACUUGUUCUCUGGAGUGAUGAAUCACCAUCUGGCAGUGCGACGGAAGAAUCUGGGUUUGGCGGAUGCCAGAAGAACGCUACCUGCCCCAAUGUACAGUGCCAACUGUAAAGUUUGGUGGAGGAGGAAUAAUGGUCUGGGGCUGUUUUUCAUUGUUUGGGCUAGACCUCUUAGUUCCAGUGAAGGGAAAUCUUAACGCUACAGCAUACAAUGACAUUCUAGACGAUUCUGUGCUGUGUGGCAACUGUUUGAGAAAGGACCUUUCCUGUUUCAGCAUGACAAUGCCCCACGUGCACAAAGCGAGGUCCAUACAGAAAUGGUUUGUCGAGAUCAGUGUGGAAGAACUUGACUGGCAUGCACAGAGCCCUGACCUCAACCCCAUGGAACACCUUUGGGAUUAAUUGAAAUGACGACUGUGAGCCAGGCCUAAUCGCUCAACAUCAGUGCCAACAUCAGACUUCACUAAUGCUCUUGUGGCUGAAUGGAAACAAGUCCCUGCAGCAAUGUUCCAACAUCUAGUGGAAAGCCUUCCCAGAAGAGUGGAGGCUGUUAUAGCAGCAAAGGGGGGACCAAGUCCAUAUUAAUGCCCAUGAUUUUGGAAUGAGAUGUUCGACAAGCAGGUGUCCACAUACUUUUGGUAAUGUAGUGUAUUUGAGCUAUUCAAUUUGAAAUAUUAUUUUUGAACCCAGGUCAAAUGCAUUUUACCCUCAGAGUACAGUAGUGCCCCCUUCCUGCAGAUGAGAGAAAAUGUAACUUUGGAGAAUUGCCUUUCUUUUACAUCAUCAUCACUGCUCUCUCCUGCUCUUCUCUUUACAGGUGGGCCUGUGUCGUCCUGGUGACUACGGAUCUGACGUGUCUCACUUGAAUCUCCACAAGACUUUCUGUAUCCCCCACGGGGGCGGAGGACCAGGGAUGGGACCUAUUGGAGUGUAAGUGAGACAAACUGGAUAGUUUCCCUCAAACGCACAUUGAUGGGCUAAGCACAAAAACUGCCCAAAGGAAAUAUAACUGGCCAAAUCCAGUUUUUUCCUGGUCAGGUCACUACUCUCACUAAGCAUUAGUGCAAAAAAACGUAAUUUAAAAGUGGAUAAGCAAUUACUUUUGAUGACUUAAAUCGAGUUGUGUAUGUUAACAGGAAGGAGCACCUCGCCCCGUUCCUGCCUAGCCACCCAGUAGUCUUAAUGUCAGCAGGCAACAUGUCCAGCUCCCUGGGCACAAUCAGUGCUGCCCCCUGGGGCUCCAGUGCCAUCCUACCCAUCUCCUGGGCUUACAUCAAGGUCAGUACUACAGGAUUGUAUCUAUCCUAUGAGCAGGUUGACGUUUGUCAUGAAUCUUGCCCUGGAGGAAGAACUGAGUGAUUUCUGCUAGAUGGGCCAGCUGCAAAGUCAAUAUAGGCCAUAUCGUGAAAAUUCAUGGAAACCAAAAUGUUCUUUUUGGUCUGAAAUUAAGGUUACGCAUUAGGGUUAGCAGUGUGGUUAAUUUUAGGUUUUACUUUGUAUUACUUUGUGGCUAUGCCAGCUUGUGACCACUGCAGAGCUGCCUCCAGUACACAAGUCAUGACAUUACAUGCCAACCUGCAUCUUAUGGUUUAGUGCCAUGUAAUUUAAAUAAUGAUGAUAGAUUUGUUAGAAUAGUGUUAUUCAGGAUACUCAAAUUGUCUUUCUAGGCAAAUGCAGAAAAAAAACAUGCAACUAAAGCAGCGACAUCAGUUGAGUACAUGUCGAUAUAGACCCUGACGUUGUAUCCUACUGUGUAGAUGAUGGGAGCCAAGGGGCUGGUUCACGCCACAGAGGUGGCUAUCCUGAAUGCCAACUAUAUGGCUAAGAGACUGGAGAGCCACUACAAGAUCCUCUUCAAAGGCAGGAAAGGUGAGUGGUAGAGUUCCUAUUCACCCCGUAUGGCAGCGUUUUCCAAACUAGGGGUCAUGACCCUAUGUGGGUUCGCCUGAUUUGAAAAUUGGGUGAGAGAAACUAAUGUGCCGCUCAGUUCAUAGAACCGCAGGUACGCGAGUAACCUUUGAUAUCAGCUAUAAGCGGUCGGGACAAACAGCAGUUUCUUUUUUCUUCCUACAAAUGUGGCUCAAAUUUUUGAACGGUUGGAGCUAUAAGCUAUUAUGACCCCAUUGUUUGAAAGGUGAAACUCGCAGGAACACGUACGUGUCUUUUUCCCUCUACGACGCGCACAAGCUGCGGCGCACAAGCUGCGCAGGACUUAAAACAGAGUGGACAGGACCAGUCACCAAAUCUGACUGGAGGGAAAAAGAACACAUCACUGAAAGCAAUUAUCUUUUCUACACAGAAGAUCAUACGAUUAUUGCCAGAUGAUCUUCCUUGAUUUUUUCCCCUAAACUUCCCAAUACCUUUCUGAUGCAUUUGUCACUUGGAACCAUAUUCCCUUCAGAUUAGAAUACUGAUUUGUAAUGGACUGUCAUGCUCCCAAAUAAAAGUUAACAUUUGCUGUUGAUUACAUCACUUUUUAAACAUGGUGGGGUUGCGAAAACGUUCUGAUUUAACAAAAUGCGGUCAAGGGACAAAUGAGUUUGAGAACCCAUCCCUGUUUUAUGGUUUCCUGUGUCCUUCAGUAAUUAGCCGACACUAGCAAAAUGUUGAUUUAAUUAUCACAGAUUGUUUUUGUCCACAGGCUUUUGUGCUCAUGAAUUUAUUUUGGAUGUGAGGCCAUUCAAGAAGUCCGCCAACAUUGAAGCGGUGGAUGUGGCUAAAAGGCUCCAGGAUUAUGGUGAGCUGGAACACACUGGGUACUGCUGAAAGGUCAACAUGGUCCACUUGUCUCUCCGCAUCUUACUCUAUUAAAUCAAAAAUAAUUAGGAAUAUAUAUAUAUAUAGUUUAAAAAAAAUGGAAUUUAGCUGUGAGCCCCCUCAUCCCCCUGUGUGUCUGACCUUGGUCAGGUUUCCAUGCCCCCACCAUGUCGUGGCCCGUGGCAGGGACCCUGAUGAUUGAGCCCACUGAGUCGGAGGACAAGGCAGAGAUGGACCGCUUCUGUGACUCGCUGAUGGGAAUCAGACAGGAAAUAGCAGAUAUUGAGGAAGGCAGAAUGGAUGCCCGCAUUAACCCACUGAAGGUACGGCACUGUCCUGACUCCUAGACAACUAACAAUAUGUGAGUGUGUGUGUGUGUGUGUCAAGCCAUGCAGUCAGCUACAUACAUACAGUGGUCUUUAAACUCGUAGCAAUUUUACUAAAUCAAAUCGGUGUGAGUGACAGCCUUCCAUAUUUCAACUUAAAGUAACUGUUUAGUGUUGUUGACGUCCUCUGAGAAAAUGGCAAGCAUUUUUGAAACUCUGUUUGAGGUGGGGUUUUUGAAGUGUUUUAUUUAUUUUUAGAAUUAGUCAACAUUAUUUGGGGUUGGAGUUAACAGAGUAUGAACUUUUAAAAGCAAGAUUUUCACUAGUCAGUUUAAGAAAUAACAACUAAUUGUGAUAAGACAUACCGCUGUGAUUUGGACAACCUUAUUAUAGUUUUAUUGAGCAUAAAUCUGUGCAUUAAUGGUAGCACCUAAAUGUAGCAAGAGUUGCUGUAUGUCACCAGAGCAGUUAAAAUAGGUGUUCACUGGGGUCUCUGUGUCCACAGAUGGCACCUCACUCCCUGGCCAGCAUCACCUCCUCUACCUGGGAUAGGCCCUACUCCAGGGAGUACGCUGCUUUCCCCUUGGUGAGUUUUCACUCUGGAAAACAUCAACACACACUACCAACUCCACUUCCCCCCCCGGAGCUAAAAAUGGCUCUGUUUUCAUGUGAAUGUCAACAUGUUUACAUCAGCGUUAACAAUCUUUAUACACAGAUUAUUUUACUCUUUCUAAUAAGGAAGGUCAACUCCAAUUUUUCCCCCAUUUCCAGCCAUUCGUGAGGCCCGAGACCAAGUUCUGGCCAUCCAUCUCCAGGAUCGACGACAUCUACGGUGACCAGCACCUGGUCUGCACCUGCCCCCCCAUGGACGUGUACGAGUCACCAUACGAGGAGAAGAGAGCUUCCUCAUGACACGAACGCCUCCGUUAUACCAGCAGUCAUCAUUCAUCACACUUCCAAAUUCUGAAAAUCCAUUGAGUUGUAUUGUACACCGUAGUUUUUCUGUAUUUCAAUGAUAUGCCCUCGGUGCCUCGACUCUUUUCUGUUGUACAAAUAGUUGCCUUGACUCUCCCUCCAUGCCGUUUUAUGCUCUAAAAUACCGGAUCGGACUGACACGUAGAUCAACUUGUGUAGGGUUUUUGUUAAUAUUUGCUGUGUUCUGUGCAUGAAAAUGUUUAAAAUGUGUAUUUUGACACGUUUGCCUAAUCACUUAUACUAGUCUUGAUGUUAAGAAUUUUUAUGGAUAGUUUUCUAAUGAUCUUAAAAAAGAAAUUCAACCCAUUUAGACAAUGUUUAAUACAACUAUUUUCCUUGUCUUUUCUUGUUGAGUUUUGGAAGUAGACUAGACUUCAGUAAGUUAUUUUUCACAUUUAAGGAAAUACUGCCAUCUAGAUGUGAAUGUUGAACACCAGCAAUAACUCAGUUUGCCACAUGAUUUGUUCUGAGAAACUUGAUACUAAUACAUUUGGACAUUGAGAUAUUUCUCAUCUCCAAAACAGAGACUAAGAUGACAUUGUAAUUGUGUGAAAGUGACGAUUACAGUUCUCGUGACUGUCCUGCGUUCAGUCUUUAUCUCUAACUAAUUGGGCUUAAAGUAUUAGUUCAAAGAAUGAAUGUCCAGUUCACUCUGCCCACGGACAUGGCAUGAGAACCCCAGAGAAGUUCCUUCAUUUUGUUAAUCCUAUUGGGUGAUAAUCUUUUCUCUUUGCCUCAGUAAAUACAUUGUGUGACUUAUUGUACAACUGAAAACAUAAGCACAAUCAAUGGAACAGUUGUGGGUGCAUGACUUGGUCCCCUGUAGCUCAGUUGGUAG